CGCGGUCCAUCUCACCAGACAAGCCUCUAGCCAUAGCACCAACGUCUUUGAACUUCAACAACCGCGUUAUCCCGCGAUCGAUCCUAGAUGACAACACUCCGACUUUGAGGCCUUCAUCAAACCUCUCGUCAAAUCUUUCCGAGCCUGCACCGGUGCACGACCUCGCAAGUUCAGACACGAGCAUGAAUGCCAAAUCGACCGACGAACAUAGAAGCAGCACAGAGGCGGUUCCUGAUUUCAAAGGCUUUGCGGCCGUAAAGCGAGCCAGUGGUACAACGUCGAAUUCUAUUGCAAAGGCCUCUGGAUCAGCCCCCUCACCUGCCGCGAAUACAACAACAAGCGCAACGAGCCUGGCGCGGUCUGGGACGCUCUCGUGGCAGCAACGACCAGGCUCAAGAGCAAGCGUACAGAAGACAGUGCCCUCGGAGUCUAGCAGCACGCACGACAACGUUCUUCCACACAAAACAGAGGAGCCAGAGCCAAGUCGGGAACAGAUUGCUGCGGCUCUUGGGACACGCGAUCCCUCGUGGUUUCGUCAAACCGCAGAUCGAGGCGCAGGAUCUGCCGCCUACAGAAAGAGCAAGGAUGAGGAUUACUCUGGCGAUCGCAGUUCAGCAUUGAAAAGAGAGCUUCCUGGUUUGUCCCGGGAAUCUUCAAUCGAUCCCGAAAGCGGAAAUAGUCCUCAGCUUUCAGAGAGUCUGUCAAACGGGGGCUCCACCCGAGAAAGUUUCCUCUCUACACCGACACGAUAUUCUGCUUCGUCACUGACCAACAACAAACCCGACCUCAAGUCGCCUGACCUCAAGUCACCAGAUCUCAAAUCAUUGAUCCUAGCAGAUGAGGGCCAGCAGCGAGCAUCUCCAGCAUUCGAACAGGCGCCAUCGACGGAAAGCGCUUCCAACCGAUCUAGUCGAAUCUUCGCAAUGUCGAGCUCACAAGCGCGACUCGCAAAUGGUGCCGACCGUCCCAUGACGCCCACGCGAGGUACCGGCGGUUUUGUUCAAAGUGCAAUGCUUAAACGGUCGGAUAGCGUCAGCAAAAGGUCGAGCAGCCAGAGUCCAACCCGACAGAACAGCGUCCUGAGCAAUAGAGGUGGAUAUGAGGCAAUCGUGAACCAGCGUGAGGUCCCGAAGCUCUACCCGACGCAAGGGUCAGCAACAGUAACAAAUGACGUCUUCCCAUCCGGCGGCACAAUUCUAGAGGAGAAAAGCUCCGACAAACCUGCAACGUCAAAGGUUCCCACUGACUCGAGUGCGCGUUCGACACACCGUCACACUCGAAGUAAGUCCGUAGCAUCAACUUUCAGCAUGAACGAAGACGGUGUUAUACAAUCGCCUGGCAGCCCGUCGAAGAGGUGGAGUCCCAACAAGUCAAGCUGGAUCGAGUCCGCUCUUACAAGACCAGAUUCUCCAUCAAAACCAGCGCCGUCGAAGAAUGCUCAACCCAGCUGGAUGGCAGAUCUCGCGAAGGCAAACGCGAAACGUGCCAGUGUGGAUGUUGCACAAGAUCCCGUACUUAAAAAUGCUUUGGAUCUCCGCCCGAAGCCCGAAUUGAUGACAUCUAGAUCAACUGCGCAAACUCCUCCUGUUGCUGAAAAAUACAGUUCGUCAACGACAAGACCCGACGCUACAGACUCUUUCGCAUCAUCAGCGAGCUCCGUCACUCCAAGACCGCUCCAAUCGAAAGUGAACGUCGGAUCUACAAAGCCUGCGCCUCUGUUUCAAGACAAGCCGAAAAGUCCCUUACCAAAACCUCAAAAAAUGGAGAAUUCAAGCGCAUUCGCAUCUGACACGCCUCCAGCAUUAAGCAUCAAAAGGGCGGAGACAAGUCCAGCUAUGUUGACAUCAUCGCCGGCAUUCAAGCCGCUGGAACGAGCUAGCAAUGCUACAACACCGAUCACCGAUUUCCGAAGCGCCCUCAAGAGUAGGGCUCCUGUAGAAGCUCAAUCGAAGGCAGAGCCUGAAUUCUUGGCAAAAUUUGGCAAUCUUCGGCGAACCCAGCAAGAGAAAUACGUGGCGCCUGAUGAACUGAAGAGUAACAUUCUUCGAGGUAAAUCCGGCCUAUCAGUCACUGGGGGGCCUGUCAAGUCGGUGAUCAAGGACGAGUUAAAGGAAAGUCUCCUUGCAAAGAAGGAGGAUAUCAAGAAGGCUAAAGACGAGGGUCGCGAGCUUCCAGGAGAGGUUCAUCAAAAGAAGACGGACAUAUUGCCCAAAGUUGUUCCAAAGCCAGAGGCUCUUGCGAAGCGGGAACUUCUUGGCCGCACUGACAGCACAAGGACGACGCAAUCUGCAGCUCCCGUGGUCGAAGCCGCCCCAGAGGCACUAGUCCGCCAUAAAAGCUUGAAGAAGAAGCCAGCUGUUGAAGAGACAAAGCCAUCGAUGGAGAGCGUUUCAGUCGCGGAUGUAGCAAUGGGUUCUCUCGCCUUGCUGUCAAAACAGGCCAGCGCGCCAGCUGCAAUUGAAACAAGACGCGCUCCCGAGACGAGCAAGCUCGCCGCUCGGUUUAACCCCGGUCUGGCAGGUAUGCUGGCCAGAGGUCCGCCAUCGGGCUCCGCGUCUCGGCCAGAGAGUGCCGCAAGUGGUGUGCAGACGCUUUCGCCUGCCAGCAACUCUGUUGGCGAACCAACCUCGGACCAGACAUUGACGGAUGUUCGGAAAGACCGUGCUAAGGGUCCCAAGAGACGCAAGGCCGGUGAGAAGAAUGCCAGUGGAAACACUGAGGUUGCCCCCGCAACGAAACCAGCUUCAGUACCAGCAUUGAACGUAGUCUCGACCCAACAAGACGAUGCUGCUGUUGUUACUUCGCCACCUCCCGUGACGCCGAACUCAGCCGUGCGUAAGAAUUUCUCGGCACCCUUCAGGAGAGAUGGCGCUGGCGCAUCUUCCGAAGAGCAAAGCGACGCCCAACCUGUUGCAUCAAAGCCAAAGCCUCAAGCACUUCCCGGAUCGGCUGCAUCAGUUAUGGCAAUGUCGCUAAAGAAGAGUUCGGAGGUAGAGCCUCUCACCUCGCCAACGCAAGCUUCCCAACCUGCCAGCAAGCCCUCGCCUCGAGCAAACUUUUCAAAGCCAAUAGCGAUGUCACAGAACUCAAGUUUGUCUCGCUCGCAACCUGCAUCCGAAACGGCUCCUGCUCCUGUACUUAGUAGUGUAGAUCCAGUACCUGAGUUCAAAGGCUUUGCUGGGCGCAAGACUGCGAGUGACGAGAGUCGAUCCCCACUCCCUCAAAGUCCCUCGGCGGAUCAAAAGCCUGCGUGGAUGAGGCAGCCACCCGUUCAACGCGGUGGAGCAUCAUCUCAAGUGCAAGCCAAUACACCCAAGAAGAUUUCGCAAGAAAACCUGCCUCGAUCAUCCAGUCUGCAGGCGCAACACGGUGCGACAGGGCUGGGUAUAUCCGUCGGAGAUGCGAGCCCAAAGCUCGGUGCAACAGCGACUUCGAAUAAUUUUCCGGCAAAGCCCGCCAAAUCAUCCCGAAUCGUCAGCGGUCAGCUUGUUGAGGAUCCAUUUAAGCCUGUGUCUCCGGUCGUUGCCCUUUCGAAACAGCCACGAAUAAAGACCGAAGCCAGCCGGUUCCUUCUGCGAGCCUUCGGGACUGUCAUCAAAUCUCAGGACUCACUCUCGAUAGACACACAAGCAACACUCAGUUGCGCGGAAAAGUUUGAAGACGAAGGCAGGACGACAAAGACUGUCAUUGAAGCAGUCCGUUCGAACGGCACAACCGAUCUUGUGCCAGUCCGAGAAGAGUACACACUUUUCGAUGAGACCGUUUAUCUAUGCACCAAUCAUUUCACCAGCGCCAAGGGUAUCAAUUCCAUACGCUUUUUUGUCUGGGCCGGAAGUCGCUCACGUGAAUCGACUGUCGACGCUGCUAAAACCCUUGCACAAAAGGCUUCCAGGGUGUAUGCGCUUGCCCCUGUGAGCACGAUACGUCAAGGUCAGGAGACGUCAGCCUUCUUGACAGCACUCGGCGGCAUUCUCAUCACGCGCCGAGGUGCCCGAGACAAGGCACGGAAGCAGUAUAUGUUGUGUGGUCGCAAACAGCUCGGACAUAUCGUGUUCGAUGAAGUUGAUUUCGGAGUCAAUUCGUUACAGCCCGGCUACAUUUAUAUCAUCUCAUCUGGGAGCCGGAUGGAGGAUCCCAAAGUCUACAUCUGGAAAGGUAGUGCGUGCUCCACUGACGAACUCAGCGCCGCAAGACUCGCUGCUAUGGACCUGACUCCCACCGGUGGCAUAGAGGUCGAGAACAGCUACGAGCAGCAGAACAUCUCCAAAGUCUUCGGGCCUCGUACCACCAUUGCAAACUUCCCUCGCUCCAACGAACUCUGGAAACACAAAGCCAUGGCUCCGAACAAGUUCGUCACCCGCCUCUUUCGCUUCCAACACAUCCCCGCCAAACCUCCGGGCCUCAUCAGCUCCUUCUUGGGCCGCCGCCCGAGUCUCUCUCCGAUGAAUACCGGCAAACCCGAGCCCAUCAAAGCCACUGCCACGCCUCUCCAAGCAAUCAUCCAGUCUGUCCUCGAGCCUGAAGGGAUAUAUCUCCUAGACGCCUCAUACAAACUCUACCUCCUCAUCGGACCACUCUUCGCUUCCAUGCAACCCGUCACCACUCGCGACGCGCUCUUCGCCCAAGCGCUCCUCUUCGCUUCUGAAUAUGCUAUUUUGGCCGCCGGCCUCGAGGAUCGUGUCUCCAUCCCGAAGUGCGUAGUUGUCUUCGCCGGCGUGCCGCUCGAUGUGAAGAUUUUGUUUCGCCAAUGGGACGAGGGCUUGGGCCUUUGGGGUACGGGUGGAUUGAUGGCUGGCCUGGGAAAGGGUAGUCCUGGGGGUAAGGAGGUUGCGAUUCCUUUGGAGGAGGUCGUGAAUGAGGUUUUCCGCUCGUGAUCAUGGGGUGUGCUUUUGGGGCCUAUUCUUCCGGAGUUCGCAGAGCGCGUGAUCAUUGGCGCUUUUGCGGCGGGGUUGGCUUUAAUGAUUGCGAUAACGUGUGUGUUGGGAUUGAUGCAUUGGGAUGAAGUGGCGUAUUCGUCUGUUGGCAAUCAUGGA